GAUAACUCUCUCUCUCUACCUCUCUCUCUCCUUCUAGCUCUCUAUCUCUGUCUCGCAGUCUCUGUAUCAACACAGACACUUCUUUAAGUCUGUUCAGACAUACCAGAGGAUUUAACUGGAAACGUAAUCAGGAAGUGAUUAACAAAAGAACAGAGUUGGCAAGGUCUUUCCUCCAGCCACCUCCAAGCUUGCCACUAAAUGGAGACGACGGAGACAGCCAAUAACCCUGAUAGAUGUCUGGAGCAAGAGGCAGAGGAAUGUAUGCCUUCUGUGGGGGGUGAGCUUGAGGGAGAGCCUCAGCCAACUCCAGGAGUAGCGUCGGACUAUUCCUGGACAGGGAACCCAGUGGGCAUCACGGAGGACCAACGGGUGCACGCCCACAUCACAGACUCGGUGGGUCCUCUGGUUGUGGAGAUAUGUUCUCCUUCUCCUGUGCAGACUACGUCUCAUGACACGCCAGCUCCACUGUCUGCGCAGGCUUCCGCUCCAGCUAGUAUGGAGCCAUCCGCUCCAGAACCCAUGGAAACCUCUUCCUGUGUCGCUGCUCAAACCUCAGCCUCUCUCAGUGAGCAACUGACUCCUCGGCUCCCUUUGCAGUGCUCACAUUCUCCAUCUCCUCCCUUAACAGGCAUGUUUGCCAUCCAGGCACAGACUUGCGCUUCUUUACCUGUAAAUACCUUUGGACAGACAGGUGUUCAUCAGGCCGCUCCAACAGCAACGGUGUCCCAGGCAGUCCCCUCUGCACCUGGGCAGGUGUCUGCUCCUCACCUGACCCAGACACCUCCCCUUACGCCCGCCGCGCAGCCUUGUGCUUCUCCGGCCAUGCAAAUCUCUCCGCUCUGCUUUGCGCCGCUGCCCGCGCAAACACCCCCUCCAGCCCAGUGGGCGGUGGAGGAGGAGGUGGCUGCUCGUUUCGGGGCGUGCCUGGAGGAGGUGGGCGCCCUGGAGCGGCGGCGGGAGGCGCUGGUGCGCGAGCUGCUGCGGCUGGAGCAGCCCAUGGCGGAGGCGGCGCAGGCGGUGCGGGCGGAGCUGGCGCACGCGUACGGGCAGCUGACGCGGGCACAGCUGCAGCUGCUGUGGCGGCAGGAGGACGUGAGGCAGGUGAAGAGGAAGCUGCUCAACGUGACCAGACACAGCAUCCAGAGCCAGGUGGAUCUGUCGGCACUGCAGUAUGAGGUGGCUCAGUCUGUCAUCAUGCAGGAGGAGCUCCAGUCCCAGGUCCUGGAUCAUUUACAGGAGCUGGCCCAGCUUCGGGAGGACCACAAAAAGCAAAUGGAUCACCAAAACAACCUAAAGAAACGCCGGCGGCGUCGUACUAUUGGUGACCUCUCUCAUGGUCGACGCUUCUCUGCUGACCUCAGUCGCUACACAAGCGGCAGCAUGAAGAUGCUGGAGGACUGGUACGAGCCCCGUGUGCUGGCCCUGCUGAGACGCAGGCAGACUGCAGAGGAGGUGCUGAGGAGGAGCAGGGAGCUCACAGAGGAGCUGAGGACUCGUCUCCUACCCCUACAGGAGGAGGCGCACAACCUCACACUGCAAAAGACAUGCCUGGAGCAGAAGAUUGCACUGAUGGAGCGGGAGAGGGAGGAGACUGCCACACGAUGCAAGGAGAGCAUCUUUUAUCUGGAGGAGACUAUGAGAGAGCUGAAGGCUGGUCUGCAGAUUCAGAGGAUGGCCAAUGCAGAGCUGAAGCAGCUGAAGAACAGUCUCAUACUGGAGCUUCAGUCUUAUGGGUGUAGCAUUAGCAUCGGUGAGCAUACAGACACGGCCAGUGGUGGAGCAGAAGAUUUGUGACCAGUCACUAUUGGAAGAUCAAUUUACCCAAGAGCCAGUUAUUAUCAUGUAAUCAACAUACUGUAUAUGAUCAUCUGUAUGUUUGCAGUGAUAUUUCAACAUAUAUGGUAAACUGUCUAUUGUUGAUCAUGUACACUCUGCUGACCCUGCCAAAAAAAAGAAUUCUAUACAUUAUAUUAGAUUAAUUAUAAUCUAAAACAUACAUAUUGAAAUAUGCUAUGAUUAUGAUGAGCACUUCUGAAUAUUGAUUAUCUAUGACAGUGAUUAUGUCAUUGUAAAUGCCUGAUUAAAAUAAUGUGUUUGUUUGCAUGUG